AUGGCGCAUAUGCUAAUAUGUAGAUUAGAACUCGUGAAAACCACGCUAGUCACAACUCAACCGCCCGGAGCAGUCAUGUCUGGAGUUGGUAUCGUCUUGGACAUCAACUAUAUUCCAAGAGCGCCCAAUUGGCCCACUGCCUUCUCCGGCUAUGUCUGCGGCACCAUCCCAACAAACGACGCGUCUUGUUAUGUAAACGCCGAUGCCCAAACCCAGGCAAAUAUCGGUAGCACAGCGCCUCGAACGUUCGCAUCCUGUUGCAACGGACCUAUAACCAACAUUACCUCUCCAGUCACAGACCCAAACGAUCCCUCAGUCGGAGUCAGUUGUCUAGCGUACUGUCCUGUCGAUUUCAUACGCACGUUAGAGCCUGAUUUUGGAGACUACUGGAACUGUAUAACAGAAAAACCCGACGAUAGGCAGGGCAUAUUGGACGAUACGAUCAAUGGACAAAUUACCUGUGGAUGGGUGGGUACUUCAGAUCAUGAUCGGUGCAUGAUAAGUCUUGCGGUGGAGUCUCAAUAUAGUUCAACUGCGACCGAGAGCACGCAUAGUAAACUAUAUUUCAGUACCAAUACGAUACAGGAGCCGACGACAACCCCAACAUGUCCUCCUCAGCGGACUGUACAGUCUACCACAAGCACCACAGUUGCUGCAGCGACAUCGUCGAGUAAUCGUUCUGCUGCGUCGAGCACUGUACCAACAAUAUCCACCAUGAAAGCAGUGGGCAUCUUGCUCAUUUUAGCGUUGGUUGGAUUUGUUUGA